AUGCAGCCUACACAGGUCCGUCUCGGCGGUGGCAGCAAUGCCCCCAUCGGCCGCCACAACAACUUCCUCGGUAACUGGGGUAACUUUGGUGGCAUGAAGCAGAAGGGCAUUGUCUCUUACGGUAUCGCCCCUAACCGCCAAAAGCCCCUCGCCGGUGCUUUCCACGACGCCAUCUUCAACACCUGGAGACGGUUCAGCACCCAGGUCGUCUACUGGGCCCCUCCUAUGAUUGCCGGAUACUACAUCAUGAACUGGGCUAUCGAGCGGAAUGAGUACCUCAACUCGAAGGCUGGCCGUGCUGAGUUCGCCUCUGAGGAGGAGUAA